CUACAAGUUUCUUGUCAGAUAGGAAAAUGGUAGCCAAAGCCGGAGACUUGGUGACUUUCUCCUUCUCCGAAUCCGUGUCACCGGGUGUAUAUUUCUCCAACGGAAUGCGAGGAUACAGAUCCAUUUUCUGCGACCAAUUGUGAUACGAUUACAAAAGAAAAGCGGUGUUCUCGUUUCAUUGCACGAUUUUAAGGUCUCCCAGGUGUGGUGGAAUUUGUACAGGUGCGCUCGACGUAUGCACGUUCGAUCGGACGUGACUCGUCGAUGCCAUAAACAAACGGCGAACCAUUGUCGUGAUGUACAAGAAUAUCGUCGUGGCUACGUGCGCCGGGUCCCCGUCAAGUUGUACUCGUGGAACGUGCGAAUCCGUUUGAAUUCCUCGCCGCCGUGGAAAAUUUGGCAUGUCGUGGGUUACGUUAGUUCACAGUGAAUCAGAAACGGACACAAAGUGCGGUAGUUUCAAAGAUCGUCCCGCCGUGGUAAGAGGGCCUGUCUGUCAAUUUUAGUCAAACAAUUCCUACAGACCCGUGUCACUGUUUCCUCUUUACGUCUAUCGAAAUCGUAAGACGUCUAAACGCAGAAACAGAACGUGGAAAUUAUUUUCGUACUAACCUAUUUCUGGCAUUCGCUCUGUAGGAGGUCUAAUCUUAUCUCUUAAAAUGUACUUCAGCCAUUGUACUGUUUACUGUCCCUGACUCGAGUCAAAGCUAUCAGAAUCGCGUCGUCUCUACCUAAAUCAAUCGAUUUUAUUAGGAACAACCGAAUACCUUUCUAACAAUUUAAACGAGAAUGCCUGCGCCACCUCCUCCUCCGCCUCCUGCUUUCAAUACAGCCAAUUCCGGCUCCGGAGAACAAGACAGGAGUUUACUUCUUCAGUCGAUCAGAGCUGGGAAAAGCUUGAAGAAAACUGUAACCGUAGAUAAGAGCGCGCCUGCUGUUAGCGGUAAAAUAAGAGGAGAAGCAGGAGCAUCCUCUUUCUCUAAUAACAGAGAAAAUAGUAGUUCCAAUGCGGUAGCCAGCAGCAUUAAUACAAAUAAUGGAGGACCCAUAGGAUUAGGUGGAUUAUUCUCCAGUGGUAUGCCAAAAUUAAAGCCCACAGGACUCAGGCCAUCUUCUAAUGAAAGGGACACAAGCAAUGUAAAUAGUACGAAUUUCAGUCAAUCUACCAUACCUAGCAUAAAGCGUGGCCCACCUCCUGUUCCGCCAGCCUCGCAAAAGCCACAAAUGUUUGCUCAGAAAGCCAACUCUACGCAAGGUCACAGCAUUACCGACUCGCCGAGUUCUAUGGGGGAUGCGUCCAAGGGAUUUGGAAAACCGAUUCUCGCGCCCAAACCACCUACCACUCCGUCUAGCACGCAGCACAAGCCAUCGCCACCUCCUAAAAAAUUAAACCUGACUACAGGACCAAGUGUAUCGAGAGCGCAAAGUAUGAGGCUGCUCAGAUCGCCUCCUGUGCUCGCACCCACUCCACCGUCUCUUCAUCAAUCGCAGGAUUGUCUAAACGAAACUCAACCAAGGCCGGCGAAUCGAGUGCUCAGACCUCCGGUUGCAAAACCACCCUCUCCUCCUACUUCCAGAGCGAACAGCUCGACUACCACGGCAACGAGGGCGGCACCGCCACCACCUUCUAGAGUCACGGUCAGCGCUCCGUGUAUACCACCUCCACCUCCUCCGCUUCCGCAUCGUCCUGCUCCCACUCAUCAGAGACAGGCGCCACCGCCGCCUCCACCUACACCUCCCACGAGGAGUUCCUCGAUGCGCAACGGUCAAACCAUGACCACCCUAGACCUAGAGGUACGAUUCGCUGACAUGUUUCAUUCUAUCGUGAGUUUUCCAGCGCCGGAGCAGUUCAAAGGGUUCACGAAAGUCUACAGCAGCAGAAACGCGGCCAAACAACAGGCACCCGCACCACCUAUGCAAACGUCUUCUUUAUCCAAUACAAUGGUACCAUUAAACACUACAUCCGGUGGUUAACCGUGGCAAUGCAAUGCAACUCUUUUGGGACAUUAAAUUUGUUUUAUUUAUUACGUGACACGUUAGUUUUCUCAACUUUCGGAGCGUAACUGAAACGAUACGGAAAUAAAUUAAAUAAACGAUGAAAUCGGAUACGGAAGAGAGCUGAAGUAAUAGUAUUAAAAAGUGAUUAAUUAAUUCAAAUUAUUAUAUUGAUUUUAUCAUCGAUUCUAACGUGAGUUAUUGCGGUACAAGACUGCAUCACAUUCUAACACGUUGCUUUCUGAAACCAUGUGUAUUUCAAUUAAAACCACACGAAACGGUAUGAUUUCUUCGACUAAUUAAUCAUGUAUAUUUAUCAAUGUAAUCUUCCAACGGUUUUAUAUAUAUAUAUAUAUAAAAAGAAAACCUAGAAUGUUAUAUACUUUUAUUUAUAACAACGACUCUUUAUUAUUUACUAAUGUACAAUAUUAAAUAUCAGAAUUCUUUAGAUGUA